AGUGGAGCGGAGAGUCUCCUCCUCCGGAGCGAGGCUGACGUUUGUGACGUGCGUGCGCGCGCACCGACGCGUACGAGGCAAACGGACUGCGGGGAGGGUCAAGGGGCUCUGGAGAGGUGAGGGGCGCGCGCGACGUCUCUCGCUCUCUCGCUUGCCCUCUCUCCGGCUCUCUCUUUCUCCCCCCCCCACCCCGCCCGCACGCCGUUCGUCUUCUGCGCGCGGAGUCGACGCCGCCGCCGCCGCCGCCAUUAUGCUGUGGUUCCCUGGCACCAUCCCGGCCGCCAUUGCCGCCGCCAAGCAGCGCAGCGCCGUUUUCGUGGUGUUUGUGCAAGGGCAAGAUGAACAGUCCACAGAAAUGGCUGCCAGCUGGGAGAAUGCAAAAGUUUCUGAGGAAGCAACAGAUAACUUUGUGGCUAUUAAAAUUGAUACCCAAAGUGAAGCCUGUUUGCAGUUCUCACAAAUCUAUCCAGUAGUAUGUAUUCCAUCUAGUUUCUUUAUAGGAGAUAAUGGAAUCCCUCUUGAAGUAAUUGCUGGCAGUGUUUCUGCAGAAGAACUGAUUGCAAGAAUUCAUAAAGUCAAGCAGAUGCACUUAAUAAAAACUGAAGGGUUAGAAAGUUCUGCUUCAUGUUCCUCCUCUUUAUGUAGCAACCCAGAAGAUUCUCAAUCACAAACCGCUGAAACUUCUGAAACAGAGCUAGAAAGAUUACGUUUAACUCCAGAUGAAGGUGAAGUAAAUUUGGUCCAGACAAAUGAGAAAGAUGACAGACGGGUAGAACAGACUACAGAUGAUCUUGCUGCUAAAGUAGAAAGAGUGACACAAAAACUUGAAGAAAGAAGAGAAGAAAAGAAGAAAGAAGAAGAACAGAAAGAAAUAAAAAAAGAAAUAGAAAGAAGAAAAUCUGGGAAAGAAAUGUUGGAAUAUAAAAGGAAACAGGAAGAAGAACUUACAAAACGAAUAUUGGAAGAAAGGAACCGAGAAAAAGCUGAAGAUAAAGCUGCCAGGGAGCGCAUCAGGCAGCAAAUUGCUCUAGAUCGUGCUGAAAGAGCAGCUCGUUUUGCGAGGUCAAAAGAGGAGGCAGAAGCUGCAAAAGCUGCUGCUCUUCAGGCUAAACAAGCCGAAAUGGAAGCUAGGAAGGAAACGUCCCAAAAGGAAAAAAGUGCUAUAGCAAGAAUCCAAUUUCGCCUUCCAGAUGGCUCUUCUUUCACUAAUAGUUUCCCUUCGGAUGCUCCCUUGGAAGAAGCUCAUCGGUUUGCUGCACAGAUUGUUGGCAACACAUAUGGCAACUUCUCACUGGCAACAAUGUUCCCCAGAAGAGAAUUUACCAAAGAUGAUUAUGAGAAAAAAUUAUCGGACCUGGGACUUGCUCCAAGUGCUUCAAUAGUAUUGUUGCCUGCAGGAAGGCCAGCUACAGCAGUCAUGCAGUCUUCCAGUGGAGAUUUAUGGAAGUUCCUUGGCACAAUCCUUUACCCACUGAUAGCUGUUUGGCGAUUUAUUAGCAAUUUCUUGUUUACCAGCCCUCCUUCCUCCCAGCCUCCUGCAAGACAUCAUCAACAGCAGCACUCAAAUCCUUCAGCUCCUAGCACUGCAGAACCAAACAGACAAGCAGUUAGGAAACGAGUAUUGGAAAAACGGAAUGAAGAAUUUAAGAAAGAAGGCAAGAUCUACCGAUUGAGAACUCAGGAUGAUGGAGAGGAUGAUAAUAAUACUUGGAAUGGAAAUUCAACCCAACAAAUGUAACCUGGCUAAACUGUACAUAGAAAUCACUGAUUAUUUUUUUUCCUAUUUGAUUUAGCUUCAGUUAAAACAUUCUGCUGCAUAGUGGGCUCGGUUGGGUAUUCUGCCUGGAAUAAAUGCUAACCCACUUAUGCAACUAGAUUCUGCAAAUGUAACUACUGCCAGAAACAAUAUAAAAAUCCUCCAUGUUUCAUCAACAUUUAGAAUUUCAUAUUUACUACUUAUACAAUCCUCUAAAGACACUUUUUAUCUAUAUAAAUCUUUGAACAAAUAGGCAUCACCAAAUACCAAACAAGUCACUCAGCCUAGAAGAGUGUAAUCUUAAUGAAUUGGAUAAGGGUUUUUUUUUCCCUGUAAUGCUUCUGUAACAACAGCCCAAUAUUCAUAGUUUUUAUCUCAUGGCAUUCAAUAAAGUUUUUUUCCCCAAA